AUGGAUGAUUUUGUACCUGAAGAGCAUCUUCCCAUUUACUCACUUAUAGAACAUUUAUGGAUCAUUGAUGAAAUUGAUAUCAACGAUAUCCUUAAAGAGAUCGAAUCAAUGAAAUCAUUAAAUUUAAUUUCCGAUAGAGCCUUGUUGCAAAUACUUGAUUGUAUUAGUAACGAGCGUCCAAAAUUUUUACCCAUUAUUUUUGAUCUCUUCCACAGAUAUUUCCAAGACAAACCUCCAAAAAUCACUCCAGACUUUCUUUUUGUAUCUGACAGCUUCAAAUCGAUAUUGAUUCAAAGAUAUGAUCUUCAACUCCCUAUUCCAUUUAUAUUCUUUGGCAAAGAUGAAGAUGAAAUUCUAUCUAUUUAUCCCAAAAACACUAUGAAAUAUGCUACUCUUCAUGAUGACAUUGGUUUGCUUGUUGAUUUGAUCGAAAAAAAGCCAAAAGAUGCUGAAAAACUUAUCGAUUUAUGUGCUCAAUAUGGCUCCAUCCAUUGCUUCAAGUAUCUUUAUAUGAAUGGUCAUACUCCAACAUUAACGACCAUGGAACUUUCAUUCAUUGGAAACAAUUUUGAAAUCAUAAACAUUUUGGAACAAAAAUUCACUGUGACACAGAUCUGCAUGGACAAUGCAGUCUUCUCACAUAACAAUGAAUUAGCUGAAUACAUGAUGUCCAAGUAUGGAAUGAGUUAUUCAUGGCAUAGCUGCUUAUGCGGUUAUAAUUUAAGUAUGUUUUACCAAAAAUUGUCAGAAGUUUGUGAUGCGAAUGAAUUAGAUCAUAAAGGUAUUUCUGCUUUGUAUUCUGCUGCACAAAGCUGCUUAAUACCAUUAUGCGCGUACUUACUUGAUAAAGGUGCUGAUGUGAAUUGUAGAAAUGCUUCAGGAGAAACUCCAGUAUUUGCUGCAGUUUCUUAUGACAACAAUGAAAUGUUCGAUUACUUGAUAUCAAAGAAUUGCGAUUGCAACACAAUGACCAAAAAUGGGAUAUCAUGUUUGAUGAUAGCAUCAUAUGAUUCAUCUUUAGAAUUAAUAAAGAAACUCGUUGAACAUGGAGCUGAUACAGAAUUAAGGGAUUUAGAUGGAAGUACUCCUUUGAUGAUCGCUGCUAGAUUUGAUAAGCCAUUAUCAGUUAAGUUACUACUAGAUCUUGGAGCAGAUGUCAGUAAGGAAGAUGACAGCCAUAGGACGGCCUUUAAUCUUGCUUGCAAUUUUGAUUCAACAAAAUCUGCAGCUGUUAUUGCUGAUUUCCUAUCCAAAAAGAAGUAA